AUGACGGUUCCUGUUGAAGAUAACUUCGAUUUUGUCGUUGUUGGCGAAGUAGGCGGCACAGCUGGAAAUGUCGUGGCCGGUCGACUGGCCGAGAACCCCGACGUGAGAGUUUUGGUCAUUGAAGCAGGCGUUAGCAACCCGAGUGAGAUCUCAGAGAUCACCACGCCAUCAUCUGCCUUUGGACUGCGUGACAGCCAGUAUGAUUGGGCGUACAAGUCUACCAUGAUCAACAAGCCGUACUAUGAGCGGGUAGAGAAGCCUAACACCCGGGGCAAGGUACUCGGGGGGAGUAGUUCUUUGAAUUACUAUACCUGGAUUCGAGGCAGUAAAGGGACUUUCGAUGCAUGGGCGGAAUAUGGGGGUCCUUCCUGGAAUUGGGAUGGGUGCGAAGAGUAUUUCAAUAAGCCCGCUACCUACCACGACGACGACAACCUCUACCCCUCAGAGCUAUCCAAAAUCGGCCGCAACGGUCCUCUGCACGUAUCCCACGCAGACCUCGUCCCAGAACUACACACCUUCCGUGACGCACUGACCGAAGCAUGGACCAGCAAAGGCCAGAAGACAUGCGAGGACAUCUACUCCGGCAAGAUGGAGGGUCUGACGCACUGUGUCAACAGCAUCUACGGCGGGGUGCGGUCGACCAGUGCAUCGUAUUUGACUGAUAAGCCGAACGUGACGAUUCUGAGUUCUGCGAUCGGGAAGAAAGUCAACUUUGAUGGUGUCAAAGCAACAAGUGUCACUGUAAUUGGCGCCGAUCGGACUGAAUUGACUUUCACUGCUAAGUAUGAGAUUAUACUCGCGUGCGGCGUCUUCGAGACACCAAAGCUGCUGAUGCUCUCCGGGAUUGGUCCGAAGGACGAGUUAGCUCGUCAUGGAAUUGACUCGGUCGUGGAUUCGGAGCAUGUUGGCCAGAAUUUGCAUGAUCAUCCUAUUCUUGCGCAUGUGUUCCGGCUGAAGGAUGGGACUGGUCUUGAUAGUCAUCUUCUCCGUGCCGGUCCUGCGCAGAGCGCUGCUUUGCAGAAGUAUCGCACUAGUAAGAAGGGGCCCUUCAGUAGUGGGUUACUGGAAUUGGUAGGUCUGCCACGCAUUGAUGAUCGUCUGGAGCGAUACAAGGAGUAUCGCGAGGCGAAGGCGCAGAAUGGUGGUCAGGAUCCAUUUGGGCCGGAGGGGCAGCCGCAUUUUGAGAUUGAUUUUGUGCCGAUGUUCUCCGACGCCUUCCAGUGGCACUUCCCCGUUCCUCCCGAAGGCGACUGGCUCACUGUCAUCGUCGAUCUUCUCCGUCCGCUGUCCAGAAACGGAGAAGUGAAGCUCAACUCGGCCGAUCCACACCAACAACCAUACAUCAAUCUGAACUUCUUCUCCAAUGAACUUGACAUCCUAGCCUUGCGGGAGGGCGUCCGUUUUGUGGACGAUAUCCUCAUGACCGGAGAUGGGAUGAAAGAGAUUCUCGGGGAAGACUACCCAUGGCCUAUGCCCCGGCAUUCGGAUGAAGCCAUGAACAAGAUGAUCUUAGAGCGGUCGCAAACGGGAUACCACCCCUGCGGCACGGCCCGACUGUCCAAGGACAUUGCCCAGGGCGUGGUUGACCCGGAGCUUCGCGUCCACGGCGUGCAGAAUCUUCGGGUCGUGGAUGCAUCCAUUAUCCCCCUUAUUCCUGACUGUCGGAUUCAGAAUGCUGUGUAUAUGAUCGGGGAGAAGGGCGCGGACAUGAUCAAGGCAGCUUAUCCGGCGCUUUAUCGAAGCUGAUGGAAACCGAUAGGUUGCUGGUGGCGUCAGCACAACUAAGCUUAACUUGAGCCAUUGGCCAGGAUGGAUAGAUCGAAUAUCAUCUGAGUUAUAUUCUGACACAAAAAGACACUGACUCACGUAGAGAUCUUACUAUCUUUUCGGUU